UACAACCUGGUCGGAGACGGGAACGGGACGCUGUGGACUUACGCGUGUGUGUGGAUGUGUGUGUGUGUGUGUGAGGCCGACUGAAGCCAAGCGAGGACUUGAUGUGACGGACAGGAUGACAGAGAGGAAAAGCAACAACCUGAUGAGCUCCAGGAGGCAAACAAUGUGACUUUUCAUCCUUGGUUAGUCUCUGUUUGACACCCAACAGGUUUACCUUUCAGGAGGGAGGCUUGCAGCAUUUCCCCCAAACUCAGGAUACAAACAGGGAUGGAAAGCGGGGACCCACUGCCCAACGACGGCAGAGAGAAGGAGGGCCACGGCGAGACGGACAAACACCUGAAGAACCAGCUGAACGCCGAGGAGAAAGGAGAGAAGGAGAACAAAGGGGAUGAGAAGGAGAAGAAGAAGGACAGGCGGCGUUCGGGGUCCCUGUGGCGGAACGGCUGGGCGCUGAGCGAACGGCUGGCCAUCAACGUCUCGGGGAUGCGGUACGAGACGCAGCUCCGCACUUUAGCCCAGUUCCCCAACUCCCUGCUGGGCGACCCCAGGAGAAGGUCGCGCUACUUCGACCCGCUCCGGAACGAGCUGUUCCUGGACCGAAACCGGGCCUGCUUCGACGCCAUUCUAUAUUUCUACCAGUCGGGCGGGAGGCUCCGGCGGCCCGCCAACAUCCCGCUGGACAUCUUCAUGGACGAGCUGCUGUUCUACGAGCUCGGGGAGGACAUCAUGAGCCGCUUCAAGGAGGACGAGGGCUUCCCGAAGGAGGAGCAGAGGCCUCUGCCGUCCAAUGAAAUCCAGAGGAAUCUGUGGAUGCUGUUCGAACACCCGGAGUCCUCGUCUGGAGCGCGGAUCAUCGCCAUCAUCAGUGUGAUGGUGAUCGUGGUGUCCAUCCUCAUCUUCUGCCUGGAGACUCUGCCCGACCUCAGGCAUGACCGAGAGCCCUCUCAGUCUCAGGCGAAGAACGGAUCGGAGAGCGCGGCCCCUUCGCCGAGUGUUUUCCAGGACCCCUUCUUCAUGGUGGAAACCAUGUGUAUAUGCUGGUUCUCCUUUGAACUGGUCAUGCGCUUCGCCUGCGCUCCCAGCAAGAUGCACUUCUUCAAGGACGUCAUGAACAUCAUCGACUUCUUCGCCAUCCUGCCGUACUUCGUCACUCUGGGGACGGAGCUGGCCAAGGACAACGACGCCUCCCCCGCCACGUCUCUGGCCAUCAUCAGAGUCAUCCGGCUGGUGAGGGUCUUCAGGAUCUUCAAGCUGUCUCGCCACUCCAAGGGUCUCCAGAUCCUCGGCCAGACGCUCAGGGCCAGCAUGCGCGAGCUGGGCCUGCUCAUCUUCUUCCUGUUCAUCGGAGUCAUCCUCUUCUCCAGCGCCGUCUACUUCGCCGAGGCCGACCACAACGCCACGGACUUCGUCAGCAUCCCGCACGGCUUCUGGUGGGCCGUCGUCACCAUGACCACGGUGGGCUACGGAGACAUGUACCCGGCCACCGUGUGGGGUAAGAUGGUGGGCUCCAUGUGCGCCAUCGCGGGCGUCCUCACCAUCUCCCUGCCCGUGCCGGUCAUCGUGUCCAACUUCAGCUAUUUCUACCACCGAGAGACCGAAUGCGAGGACCACACCGUGUACACCCACGUCCAGACGGGUCUGUGGGACGACGAGGAGCCCGACGAGGAGGGGGAGGAAACCGAGGAAGGGUACCCAGACCCGGAGGGAGAGUAUUACGCCAUUGAAGGCAUCUGUAAUCCACUGAAUGGAACUCUGCUGGGCGGACUGUGCACAGGACAGGGCAGGGAGUACAAAGGAGGAAACUUCUACCUGAGGGAACCGCUGGUCACUCAGGUUUAGGCCGGACGGGGGUUUCAGCCUGGAACACAGAGACAGACAGUCAAGCAUUAUGAAAUCACCAGGAUGUGUGUUUUUGGACUGCAGGAGGAAACCAGAAUACCCAGGGAAGAUUCAUGCAUGCACAGGUAGAACUUGCAAACUCGAAAUUCCCCCAAACGCUGAGAGCUACACCGCCAUGCAGCUUUAGGUCAAAUGACGUUCAAGUUCUGGGUAAAGAAACAA